UUUUGGAAGAAGAAAGGAGGUCUCGCGUGCACCAUAAUCACCCGGACUAAUUUAAAAGAGAAAGGAAACAUACAAUGCCGUAUGAGCAGUAGCAGAGGGAUCUAUACGCUUGAACACAACAGUUGGAUGCGACUGGCACAAGAGAACUCGUUUGGAUGGUACAAGAAUGACUACCGAUUCUUUACAGAAAUCAAAAUGUGCAGACUACCCUGCAUAAUAUGAUCCCUGCACAUCUGGCUCUGGUAAAUGAGUAUAAAUCUUAAGGAGAGAGCGGCUCGACGUGAAUUGAAAUUUAAGGCAAGAUGAUGGUGGACUUGAGCAGCUUCUCAGACGGGAAAUUCGAUGCAAAGAAGUGGAUAAAUGGAGCGUGCAAGGCGCGGCAUCCGGAAGAAGCGGUUGAAAAGUAUCUAGGAGAUUUGGAGAUGAAAUUGCAGGCUGCGUCGGAAGAAAUUGCGGCUUCGUUGGACGAACAGAGCGCUUCUUCACUGCUGAGGGUGCCACGCGCAUCGAGGGAUGUUAUUCGCCUCAGGGACGACGCCCUUGUUCUGAGAUCUGCCGUUUCUGGAAUCCUUAACAAGCUCAAAAAGGCAGAAGGAUCAUCAGCAGAAUCUGUAGCAGCACUUGCUAGAGUGGAUAGGGUCAAACAGCGUAUGGAAGCAGCGUUUCAGACAUUGAAGGAUGCUGCAGGUUUGACAAAGUUGAGUGCAAGUGUUGAAGAUGUGUUUUCAAGUGGAGACCUUGCGCAGGCGGCAGAAACAUUGGCUAAUAUGAGACAUUGCUUGUCUGUUGUUGGUGAAGUUUCAGAGUUUGCUAAUGUAAAACGACAGUUGGAAGUUUUAGAAGAUCGCUUGGAGGGAAUGGUACAGCCCCGAUUGGUGGAUGCUCUUACUAACCGCAAGGUUGAUUCUGCCCAAAGUUUACGGCACAUCCUUAUCCGUAUUGGUCGAUAUAAAUAUCUAGAACAGCAAUAUACAAAGAUACGCAUGAAGCCUUUACGUCGUCUGUGGGAGGAUUUUGAUUCUGGCAAGGGAAACAUGGUGAUUGGCAAAGCUGGCAAUGAGAAACAACUUGGAGAUAGCCAGUCCACUACUAUUGGUGCCAUGAAUAAUGAUACUCAUAUUUCAUUCACUAGAUGGUUACCUCAAUUUUAUGAUGAGGUUCUUCUCAAUCUUGAUCAAGAAUGGAAAUGGUGUAUAACUGCAUUUCCAGAAGAAUAUAAAUCAUUGGUACCAAAGUUGCUGGUAGAGACAAUGUCUACAAUUUCUGCAAGCUUUGUUGCUCGUAUUGAUAUUGGUAUGGGGGAAUCCUCAUCUGGAAUGAGGAGUUCAACGGGAGGUUUAUCGGAUGUGGCAGUUGGAGAGACUUUAAGAAGCAAUAAGAUUAAAACAAAGCAUAUCGAGACACUAAUUGAAUUGCAUAAUAUGACUGGAGCUUUUGCAAAAAAUAUCCACCACUUGUUUUCUGUUGCUGAUGUGGCCGUUCUGGCAAAUACUUUGAAGGCCAUUUAUUCUCCAUACGAAAGUUAUAAACAGAGAUAUGGGGAUUUGGAACUUACUAUCCUUUCAGCUGAGAUAUCUUCUCUAGAUUUGCGAGGAGCUGUACACCGUGGUGUGGGUGCUCAAGGAGUUGAACUUAGUGAGACAGUCAGGAGGAUGGAAGAAUCUGUUCCACAAGUUAUGGUCUUACUUGAAGCAGCUGUUGAGAGGUGCAUAAGCUUUACAGGUGGUUCUGAGGCAGAGGCACUUAUUCGGACAUUAGAUGAUAUAAUGCUUCAAUAUCUAGCAAUGUUGCAUGAAACAUUGAAGUCAUUGCGAUCUGUAUGUGGGGUAGAUCAAUCAGCACAUGGUGAUUUAAUUGGUCCCAAAAAAGAAAGUGGCCCUGACAAGAGGGAAGGUUUACAUGGCUCAAACUUGUUAGACAUGGUUUCAGAUGAAGAGGAGUGGUCAGUAGUCCAAGGAGCAUUACAGAUUCUUACUGUUGCAGAUAGUCUAAGCAGCCGUUCAUCUGUUUUUGAAGCUUCCUUGCGUGCCUCUUUGGCAAGAUUAAUCACCUCUCUGCAGAUUUCAAAUGUUCUUGCAAGCAUAAGUCAAACUCAUAUUUUUGGUGCAGAUGUUGCUGGAAGUGAAGAACUCUCCAAGGGCAGUACAGCUACAUUAGAUAUGGCAGCUUUGCGCUUAAUUGAUGCACCGGAAAAAACCAGAAGGCUUUCUAGUCUAUUGGAGCAGGCAAAGGAUCCUCGAUUUCAUGCUCUUCCACAUACAUCUCAAAGGGUUGGAGCAUUCUCAGAUGCUGUCAAUGAACUUGUGUAUGAGGUUUUAAUAUUAAAAAUUCGUCACAGGCUGAAGGAUGUCUCUAGAAUGGCAAUCUGGACAUCAGUUGAAGAAGAAAAUGCUUUUGCUUUACCCAGUUUUAGUGCCUAUCCACAACCAUACAUUACAAGCAUUGGUGAAUAUCUUCUUACUUUACCUCAACAACUGGAGCCUCUAGCAUUGGGUAGCGGAACAACAGGAUUGAAUGCUAAUGCUGAUGCAAACACUGAUGAAGCCCAAUUUUUUGCUACUGAGUGGAUGUUUAAGGUUGCCGAAGGGGCUACAGCACUGUACAUUGAGCAGUUGCGAGGCAUUCAGUCAAUAAGUGAUCGUGGUGCACAACAGCUAUCAGCAGAUAUUGAAUAUCUUUGCAAUGUGUUGUCUGCUCUUUCCAAGCCGACUCCUCCAGUUUUAGCUACUUUUCAUAGCUGUCUCGCUACCUCUCGAGAACAACUCCGGGAACUUGUAAAAUCAGAUGCUUUAGGACAGCUUGACAUACCAACUGCUCGGCUUGUCUGUAAAAUGCGCCAUGUUGCAUUGGAUUAAGGUUGCCUUUUUUGACUGGGUCCUCUUGUUCAUCACAUGGACUGACAACCUCAAAUAAGAAUGCAUAAAAUGAAUGGAAAUAAUGUUUUUGGACUGUAGGGAAGUAGAUGAUAUUUUUUUAAAUUUUUUUUAUUUCGAUAGGUAAGAGAAGUUUGGGACCUAAGACAUGCUACCAGAUUCAACAUCUUUCUAAUUAUGUUCUUAUUAGCCGGUGUCAUGCUGUUAAAUGAACAGUUGUUUGAGUAUUCAAGCAAUGCAACCAUAUUCUGUUGUGUCCUAAAAUGAUUGGAUUCAUUUUUUGAUUACCUAUAUGUCUGCAUUUUUGGCCAGUUGCCUUGGAAACAACUAAAAUGUAUAUUGUUUUCCUCUGGAAGCAACACAAUAUAUCUCUUCAGAUUGCCUUUGUAUUUUUAA